AUGGUAUGGUUGGAGUUGAGUUCAAAUGGGAUCAGAAGUGCUUGUUUGGUCAUCUUUAUCAUAUCAUUCUCUAUACUCAUAUUAACACUCACCUCCAACUUUGGUCAUUUUGAGUUGUUUUCAAAAGAUAUAAAUGGAAGAGGUCAAAAUUUGACAACUCAAUGUUUGCCAUUGAGAUCAGGAAUAAUAUCCCAAAACAUCACAAAUAAUGAAUUGGAAACCAAAAAUUCUACAGAGUCAAAUAUAGGAUCAACAAAUAGUUCCUCCUCAUCAACUAGAAAUCAUGCUGAUAAAUUCCUUGAUGGACUUAUACCUUCUGGAUUUAAUAAAGGAUCAUGCUUAAGUAGAUAUCAAUCCUACUUAUACAGAAAAGUAUCACCUUAUAAACCUUCUCCAUAUCUCAUAUCCAAACUUCGCAAUUAUGAAGAUCUUCACAGAAGAUGUGGACCUCAUACUAGAGCUUACAAGAGAACCAUGGUACAUCUUAAUAGUUUCAAAUCCAAUGUUACUACUAUUGGAUCAUGUAAGUACAUAGUAUGGACACCUGCUAAUGGCUUAGGGAACAGAAUUGUUAGCAUGGCUGCAACAUUCCUUUAUGCAAUCCUCACUGACCGCGUCCUACUAGUGAAGUUUCAAGAUGACAUGGUUGGCUUAUUUUGUGAACCGUUCCUCAACUCAUCAUGGUUAUUACCUAAUGCUAAAGAAUUUCCUUUUAGUACUGACGACAACGGAAAAAAAGAUUUUGAAACAUAUGAUAUUGUGAUGAAAAGGGAUAGGGAAAACAAUUCAAAGGAAUUAUUAUUACCGUCGGUUAUGCAUCUCAAGAUAGAACACACAGAUGAUGAACAUGAAAUGUUUUUCUCUUGUGAUCAUAGCCAACAUCUUCUACAUAAAGUUCCAAUCUUGAUUUUAAGAUCAGAUCAAUACUUUGUACCUUCUCUUUUUAUGGGUCCAUCCUUCGGUCAAGAGCUUAGAAAAAUGUUCCCAAACAAAGAAACUGUUUUUCACCAUUUGGGACGCUACCUAUUUUUCCCUUCAAAUGAUGUAUGGGGACCAAUCAAAAGGUUCUAUCAAGCAUAUUUGGCCAAGGCAGAUGAGAAGAUUGGAAUCCAAGUAAGAGUAUUUUAUCCUAAUAUCAGUUCACACCAAACAAUCACAAAGCAAAUUUUGACCUGCGCCCAAAAAAAUAAGAUACUGCCCAAUUUUGCCGCAAAAGAUUCAAAAGAAUCUCCACGGAAAAAUCAAACUUUGAAGUCGGUUUUGGUAGCAUCUUUAUAUCGAGAGUAUGGUGAGAACCUUAGAACGAUGUAUUUGAAUAAACCAAGUGUUACAGGGGAAAUCAUAGGGGUUUAUCAGCCAAGUCACGAAGAGCAUCAAAAGUUUGGUGAUAACUUGCAAAACAAGAAAGCAUUGACAGAAAUGUAUCUUUUAAGUUUAUGUGAUGUUUUGGUAACUAGCUCUCUAUCAACUUUUGGGUAUGUGGCUCAGAGUUUGGGAGGCCUAAAGCCAUGGGUUCUUUACAAAUUACAAGACAACAACCUCCCAGAUUCGCCAUGUGUGCAAGAUGUCUCUAUGGAGCCUUGUUAUCAUAUACCUCCUAAACUUGAUUGCAUGGAGAAACCUAUAGAUGAUGAUGUUGGUAAAGCUUUUCCUUACAUGAGGAGAUGUGUGGACUAUAAUUUGGGUGUAAAGUUGGUCAAUGAUCUUCAGUAGCUAUUAAUAUUUUAUCCUUUUUUUUUUCUUGCAAGAUUUUAAUUUUAGUCUAUGGUGACAUCAAAACUAUUUUAGGCAUUAUUUUUUUUUUGUAAAUAUGAUUUUUUUUCAUGAUCUUAAACAUUAGAAUAUUAGAUAGAAGAAACCCAUUUGAUUUAUUUUUUUGGAAUUGAGAUCGCCUAGUUGAGCCGGUGAAUAAUCCAAUAUCCAACCUAUAGUUUUUGUUGCAUAAGGUGGCAAUCAACUUCAUAUAUUUGUUAUCAUAGUAAAGGUUAAUAAAUUUGGAGAAGUUGAAACAAAUACAAAAAUAAUUUCACUUUACAUAGUUACAAACAGAUUGUUGUUAAUUUGUUAUACUUCGACGUAGAUGACGUCUAG